AUGAACUCACUAGUGAAAUGGGCGCUCAUCCUCUUCGUCCUCGUCUCCAUCAUUCUCAACAUCGUCCUGAUCGGCAUCCAUUCCGGCAGGGCGCCCAAAUGUUCCGCUCAGCGCGUCCACCCGCUGCGGGGCCAGCACAACGAGCGCAGCCUCGUGUUCGCUGACCUCACCCAGGAGGAGUACGCGCAGGUCCAGCAGUACAUGCUCAAGCAGAAGGACUUGGAUAUAUCCACCAACCAGAUCACCAAGCCGUCGGAAAAUUUCUUGUUUUUAAUAGACCUAUCUCUGCCCAAGAAAGCGGACGUGUUGGCUUACUUGGACCAGGAAACUGGUCGCAAGCCGGUAAGAGAGGCGACGACGGUGGUCUUCUACGGCGCCCGUGGCUACAUUAAGGAGUAUGUAGUGGGACCUCUUCCCAACCCGACAUACCACAGAGAUGUCACUAAGGAGAGAUACAAAAUGGACCUGCCUAUCACCGCGCGCACGGUCACCAUCGGGGAAUACGUUUUGCUUUUCCAGUUUCUUAAUAAGGAGGUCUUCUCCAAACUGCCGGUGCUCAUGAAAGAGAGCUUCGACGUGAGUGGGCACGAAGGUCUGAACGCAUUCGAGCAGAUGCCCCGCGGGGUCCGAUCCGGGGACAGAAAAACUUGGAUAUCUUUCUUCAGGAAUCUGAGCGGCAUGUACAUCAACCCGGUGGGCUUUGAGGUGCUGGUCAACCACGAGAGCGUAAACGCGUCCAGCUGGAGAGUGGAGCGGCUGCUUUAUAACGGCCAGUACUUUGACACCGUAGAAGAACUUCAAUCAAAAUAUAAUGCGGGAUCUGUGAAGAAAAUAGUCUACAAGAAGGGGCCGAACUAUAGUUCGUUGAAACCCAAGCACAAGCCUCUGCAGAUCGGCCCGCAGCUGUUUUACGCCGAGGGGAAGCGCUACAGCGUCAGCAACAACCACGUCCUGUACCUGGACUGGAGCUUUGCCUUCGGGCUCAGCUCUCUCACGGGCAUGAGGGUUUUUGAUGUGCGUUUCAAGGGCGAGAGGAUUGUGUACGAGCUGAGCGUGCAGGAGGCCAUGUCGGUGUACGGUUCAGUGACUCCGGGGAUGAUGAUGACCAAGUUUCUCGACACAAGCAUUGGGAUAGGGCGCUUUGCGCACGAACUGGCCCGUGGCGUGGAUUGCCCCUACGAAGCCCACUACGUGGACACAUACCGCUACAUCGAUAUCCCACACCCGGCCCGGUUUAGGAAUUCAAUCUGCAUCUUUGAGCACAACAUGGGCCAGCCCUUGCGGAGGCACUUCUCUGACUUUUUCCACAACAGUUACGGAGGGAUGGUGAACAGCGCCCUGGUGUUCAGGACCAUCACGGCUAUAGGGAACUAUGACUACAUGUGGGACUUCAUCUUCUACCAGAGCGGGUCAGUGGAGGCUAAGGUGCACGCCACGGGGUACAUCUCCUCCUCCUACCUGGUGGAGGGUAGUCUGAAACACGGACACCAGGUGGCGGAGAAUGUGCUGGGGAACAUCCACACCCAUUUCAUCAACUUCAAGGUGGACCUGGAUGUGUUGGGAUUGAAGAAUGUUUUCCAGACCAAAGACAUGCAAUAUGUCAAUAUGUCGCUGCCAUGGAUGCCUGAGCACUUCGCUAUGGUCCCUCAGUUGGUGGAGAAGCAACUCAAAACAGAACAGGAGGCCGCUCUACGUUACGACACCAAGACUCCUCGCUAUCUCCACAUUGCUAGCAACAAGACCAACCGCUGGGGUCACCAGCGCUCCUACAGGCUGCAGGUGUUCAGCUUCACUGGGGAUCACCUCCCAGAGAACCAGGCAGAGGAGAGGGCCAUGUCCUGGGCCAGGUAUAAAGUUGCCAUCACCAAGCACAAGGACUUAGAGCAGACCAGCAGCAGUCUGUACAGUCAAAACAACAUCUGGACUCCAGCUGUUGACUUCAGCACAUACAUCAAAGAUGACGAAAGCAUUGAAGACGAGGACCUGGUUGCCUGGGUGACCACCGGCUUCCUCCACAUCCCCCACUCCGAGGACAUCCCCAACACAGUAACAGUGGGCAAUGGGGGCGGGGUCUUGCUGCGGCCACACAACUACUUUGAUGAGGACCCGUCCAUCCACUCUGCUGAUGGGGUGUACUUUGACCCGGGCACAGAGAACAGCUGUGACAACAACAGGAUGGCCUGCCUUGCUCAAGAGACCUGCAGCCCCGUCCUGGAACCCUUCACUUACCAUGGCUUUGAUGGAGUCAUGAACUUUGGGGAUUAGUUGUGAUUUACUGAGCACUGCUAGGUAAAAGUUACAGAGCCCUGAUGUUGAUGAUGAUGAGAUGUGUUUGGGGUUAUUAACAAUCUAUCAAGAUGCUUGUGUCAGUGUGGCAGUAUGGGACAGCAAAUUAUUUGUGCUACGUGUGUUUUAAAGCCCCACCAAGCAAUAAAUUGAGUAAAGGAACUUGGAUGAGCAAGUACAACAUUAUACGGAUCUGUAUUUUUAUCUGUACCAACUAAAUCAUAUGUAUUUGUAUCCGUACUUGGAAUAGGCGGAGAUUAAGCUAACGUACAUGAUGCUUAAACCAUAAGUUUCCUCAAAUUGAUAUGGGUUGAUUUGGUUAUAUUUAUUAGAAAACUAUUUACAGAACAGCAGAGUGAUGUUAUUGAUCAUAGGAAUAAGAGAAUUAUUUACCGAAAAAGAAAAAAAAACGAAGUUGCUCUAUUUAUGAGUAUGGGUAUUGACUCACUCGCUCAACCAUAAUGCUAAUUCACUUUCUUAAAGAGAGAUAAGAAGCUUGUCCUGGAGUCAGGUUGUACUUAGCCUAGCUUAGCAUUAAGACUAAAAGCAGGGGGAAACAGCUAGCCUGUCUCUGUCCAAACAGUGUACAGUUUUGAAGAGUUUGUUUUCACAGUGAUAUUGCCAUUAUGUAUUUAAACCAAAACUGUGCUCACAGACUAUAUCUCCCUGCUUUCAGUCUUUAAAUUGAAGUUAUUAUUAUUAUUAUUAUAAUAGUGAAACUGUCUCCUUGAAGUAGCAGCGCUUUUGGCUGCAACUGAGGUUGGCAUGUGCCGAGGUCCAUUCUGCUGGCUGCCAUGUUUUUUUUUUUUUUUUUAUUAAACUAUGAAUCAUGAAUACUUUA